GUGGCCAGGUGAGCAUUUUAUCGAAGAAACAGUGCUUUUUAUUUAUUAGUCAUACUAAUGGAUUGGUCCAUCUCCAUGAUUUGGUCGUAUAAUAUUACUACUAUCUGAAGGAACUUGAUGAAAAUUCUUGUUAAAUUUACAAUUUAUGUUAUUCUAAUUUAACCACAAUAUGGUAGACAAUUUGAAUGACUCAUAUUUUUUAUUUCAGACAUUUUGUUAUUUGAUUAUGAAUGAUGGUUUUUAAUUCUUUGACUAAAUUAAUACUCAAAUGCAUUGAAACAAUUAUCAACAGGAUAUUAUUAAAAUAAAUAAAUAUCUUGAUCAAGACAAAAUGUUUCAGAUUAUGUAUUUAUAUAGGAUAUUAUCUACUAUUGUUUGGAUUAUAAUUAUAAAUUUUCAUUAUAUCACAUGCCAGUCAGAUUAUUUAACAUCAACAAAUUUGAUACAGUUACAUCCUGAAAGUCAAUCAGUUACACUCAAUAGUACAGUACGGUUACAAUGUCGUGUACGUAUGCUGAUAGAUCCAGACACAGGAGCAGGUGUACAAGUUUAUUGGUCUAAAAAUGAUUUUGGCAUUGGUGGUAAUCGUGAAGAUAUUCAAGAGUAUGGACGAAAUUCACGAUAUGAUUACUCUCGCUAUGAUUUACCAUACAACCUGAAGGAAGGACAAUACGAUCUUCAAAUAAUGAAUGUAGAAUUAUCAGAUGAAGGUUCAUAUGUAUGUCAAGUGAAUUUUAUGCGACAACAAUAUCUAAGUCAAACAGCUGUUUUAACAGUACAAGUUCCAUCUGAAGCACCACAACUUGUUCAAAUAACUAAUGAAGGUAAAGGUCAACGAAUAGAUAUUGGACCAUCACGACCUGCAGUUGUUGAUGACGGAAGUAUUAUGUUACUUGAAUGCAUUGCUCGUCAUGGUAAACCGGGGGCAUUGCUUACAUGGUUUAUUGACGGUGUUCAAGUAAAAUUAGAAUCGAAUCCUGACAGUACACCUGGAUCAUUUAUUUCUGGUUUCUCUGGUAAUUUAACAUUUCAACUUGAAGCAUCUGCUAAAAUACCAAGACUAGUCGAUGCAACUAGUUCAAUGAGGGCACAUUUAAAUAAAUUGCAUCAUGGCAAACUUGUUGAAUGUAGAGCAGAAAAUACUGGAUAUGAAAUGCACACACUUCGUCCAGCUCAGACAAAAAUCGAAGUACAUUACGCUCCUGUUGUAAGUAUACAAGUACGACCCUCACGACCUGACAAUCAAUUUAUGGAACAUGACAUUAUUACUGUUGAAUGUACUGCACAUGGAAGACCAGAUUCAUUCUUCUGGGAAUGGUAUGUAAAUGGACGUCAAGUUGAAAAUAUCGCCGAAUCAUGGUAUCGUCUCCGAUUAACACGUGAAUUACAUCAAUCUGUAUUUCGGUGCAUUGCGAUUUCAAAUAAAAAAGGAGUUGCUGAAACAACAAUAAAAGUUAAAUUUGGACCUCAAUUUCAUCAAGCUUCAGCUUUACUAUUCACAGCAUCUCCAGGUGAAGAUGUUUUAAUGGAUUGUCCAGCAAUAGGUAAUCCAACACCGCAUAUUGAAUGGAGACGUGAAGGUGGUAGAGAAGUUCUUUCACGUAGUGUAUCACUGAAACGUGAAAAUUUAAAAGAAGAAGAUUUUGGGACGUAUAUAUGUACAGCUUUUGUACCAGAAUUCCCCCCUGUAUCUAAACAAAUGUAUAUAGCUAAAAGAAAACCUCCUCGUAUUCAACCAAAUCCAAUAGUUCAUGCUUAUUUAGGUCAACCAGCCAGAUUGCGUUGUACAGUGAAUUCAGUUCCACUUCCACCUUCUGGUCAAACGCAUUGGUAUUUCAAUGGUAAUCCAAUUCAGCCAGAUUCACAUCAUAAAUUUGAACAAGAAGAAUUCAUCGGUGGUGUGGUACUUGUUCUUCAUAUCGCACAUGUCAUGAUGAGCGAUUUCGGUCAAUAUAAUUGUUCUGUAAAGAACGGUUAUGGAUCGGAUUGGAAACUAAUACGUCUCAGUCAUCAAGAAGAUAUUCCAAUUCAGUUUAUCAUCGGUGCAGCGGUCACUAUUGGAAUCCUGUUAAUAGUAGGAUUAAUACUUCUGUGUAUAUGCCGUCAAAGAGUAUGUGGAUUUCGUUAUAAUAAAGGUAAUCGUACUAAACAGCCAUCAAGGAGUUCUUUACAAGAUUAUGGUGUAGUGAAUUCAGAUUUUAUAACACGUGCUUAUACACCAAAUAUGCAUUAUCGUCAAGAUCCAUAUCAGUGUUAUUCAAAUAAUCCAAGUUUAAAUAAAUCAUUUACUCGUUAUGCUUUCGAUGGUACAGAUCAGGGAUCUAUGCGUAUACCCAAGGAUCAAUCGGAAAACUGUUUUUAUGAAACUUCUAAAGAAGAUAUGUGUACUAAUACGUAAGUUAACUCUAUUUUUUGAAACUAACGAAUUGAAGAAUACCCAUUAAUGAUGUUAGCUUCAACAAUGGCAACGAUAUUGUAACAAUCGGUAUUGUUAAACUCCUACAUUAUUUCUUCUAACGCUUAUUUUAAUCUUUUCAGGUAUUCUGUCAUUUAUUUAUGUGACUUUGGGGAAAUAUGUAUGGCAGUACAUAUGUCUAUAUACUUUUAUUACUUUCAUGUUUCAAGAUUGAAUCACUUAUUACUCACUAAGUUGGCUAUUUCUUCUAUUCCAGUUCACAUAUAUUUUAUCUGGGUUACCAUAUGUCUGAAAUAUACGUUCCCCAAAUACUUUCGUAUCCCAAUUUUUAUACUUACGUUGUUAUUAAUGAGAUUUGUCUAUAGAGUAUAUACGAAACUAUUAUAGUUCAAUCACUAUGGAGUUAACCAAGGGCACCAAAAUAUAUUAACAGCAGUAUUAUAAGAGAAGUGAUAACACAAAAGAAUUCUAUUAUAAAUCGCAUUCAGUUUGGUCAUUUAUAAUGUAAAUAUACAAAGAUUUUGAUGAAGAUUAGAGCAUGGAAGAAACUGAAAUUAAUUUUAUCACUUUAUUGGAAAUCUACAGGUUUGAUUUAGUAAAGUUAUUAAAUGAUUCAAAGUCCAUUCCAAAAAAUCUGACCGUGAGCACAUACGACUUACCUCUUCCUGUGAAAAUAAUUACCAUUUGCUGAAUGAAGUCGUUGACCACUUUCGUAACUCUUAAUUUGGAUUCUGAUUAUUAAGGAAAAUCCAAAUACGAUUUGUCGAGUUAAUGAGUCAUAUGUAGCGUAGAACCCGAUAAUGUCUACAUCAGUUGAAGUUGCUACUUUCAAUUAGUACGGUGAAAUAAAAUGGUCAGCGCAAAUCCCGAAGUAACAGAGGUAGUACCAGUACUGGUGAUGAUAGAAAAGAUUAGACCACGAAGCCUCGAUUCGAGAAAAAUACAAAUUAGUGAAAUAAUAAGAAAACUUUUAUGUGAUAUACAAACUUGGAAUCUAAAGGAAGACAAAGAAUGAAUGUAAAUACAUCAUUGUGGCAGAUCUUGAGCCAUAUCACACAGUCUCUAACAAACGGCUACAAUAAUCACAUAGAUCCCAAUAAAUUGUUGAGAGUUACUAAUUUGCAUAAAAUCUUACGACAUACAUAACUAUUAUUGGUUUUUCCAUUUAUAGUUCUGUUCCUGUAGGUAUUUCCGCUACCUACUGUUCAAGUUUACCGUCUUGUCAAUUUUUACAACCUAUAUGUAACGGAAGUACUCACAUUUCAAGUUUAAACCAUCGAAUGUUAUCAUCGGAUCAUUCAUCUUUCUUAACUAAUUGUUCUAAUUUAUUGCCAACCUCUGGAUUAAUUCAAACUCCCCCGCCUGAUUUCAUACCGGAAUCUAUUAAUUUACAAUCAUGUGCAAGCAACAACAAUUUAAUAGGAAAUAACAGUUGCCUUUUUUCAACUAAUAAUCAUUUACUAGCAAAUCUCCCACAUAUUACAACAUUGGAUUUAACUAAUGGUAUACCUACAUUUACAUCAUCACACGGUUUAUGUUCAGGUGGAAAUUCGAUUAUCAGUGGACAUAGUUCAGUGGAUAAUAAUAAUUCACGUACCCCUGUAAAUUCACAUUCAUCUCGAAGUGUUAACAAUCCACCACUUUCACCAGAUCAACAAUCAUCAUCAAUCAUUACAACAGAUCAUUCAGAACAUAUGGUGCCAAAAAUUGAGAAUCUAUCACAUUCACCUAUAACUUAUGGAGUUAACACAUCUAUUCAUGAAAUAGCCUAUUUAAUCAAUGAUCACACAACAAAUGUCUAAUUGUGUGGCGAUGAAUAUUGUCCUUUUGCAUAUUUAUUAUUAUACAUAGUAUUUGUUAUUUUACAUCAUAUUGAUGUAGAACAAUAAUUGAAUUGUCGUUUUUCUUUUUUGUGCCUUAAACAUAACAUAACACAUAAUCCCUGUCAAUAUUUGCUUUUAUUUCGAAAAAAAACUAUCUAGUCGUGUUUAUGUGGUAAAUAUAAAAUCUUACUCUCCUCU